AUGGAUCCGCGCGUGGCCUGGAUCCAGCCGGAGCAGAAGGGGCCGGCCAAUGCCCUGUGGAUGCAGAUCUGGGAGACCUCGCAGGGCGUGGGCCGCGGCGGCUCGGGCUUCGCGUCCUACUUCUGCCUCAACUCGCCCGCGCUGGACACGGCGGUCGCGGCGGGGGCGGCGGGGUUGGGCGGCGGCGGCCUGGCGGGGCCCGCGCUGCCCGCCGCGUCGCCCCCACCGCCCGCGCCCGGCCCCGCCGCGCUGCCCCCCGCGCUGCUGACGGCGCUCGGGCCCGCGGCCGAGGGCGCCCGGCGGCUGCACAAGUCGCCGUCGCUGUCGUCGUCGUCGUCGUCCUCGUCUAACGCCGAGUCGGGCACCGAGCCCGGCUGCUCGUCGUCGUCCUCGAGCAGCGCCUCGCUCGGCCGGGCGGGCGGCGGCCGCGGCGGCGCCUUCUUCCACUUCGCCGACGGCCCGCCGAGCGCCCCCGGCGCGGCCAACGGGCAUCCCGGGCCGCGCGGCCCCGCGCCCGCCGGCUCCCCGCCGCAGCACCAGUUCCACCCGGGCCGCCGGAAACGCGAGAACAAGGCCAGCACCUAUGGCCUCAACUACCUGCUGUCGGGCAGCCGCGCGGCCGCGCUGAGCGGAGGGGGCGGCCCCGGAGCCCAGGCGCCGCGGCCCGGCACGCCGUGGAAGAGCCGCGCGUACAGCCCCGGCAUCCAGGGACUUCAUGAGGAAAUCAUUGACUUUUAUAACUUCAUGUCCCCUUGUCCUGAAGAAGCAGCCAUGCGACGGGAGGUGGUGAAGCGGAUCGAAACCGUGGUUAAAGACCUUUGGCCAGCGGCUGACGUCCAGAUAUUUGGCAGCUUUAGUACAGGCCUUUAUCUCCCAACCAGUGACAUCGACUUAGUGGUCUUUGGAAAGUGGGAGCGUCCUCCUCUGCAGCUGUUGGAGCAAGCUCUGCGGAAGCACAAUGUGGCCGAGCCGUGCUCCAUCAAAGUACUUGACAAAGCUACAGUACCUAUAAUAAAACUCACAGACCAGGAGACUGAAGUUAAAGUCGACAUCAGCUUUAACAUGGAGACCGGGGUCCGGGCCGCAGAGCUCAUCAAGAAUUACAUGAAGAAAUAUUCAUUGCUGCCUUACUUGAUUUUAGUAUUGAAACAGUUCCUCCUGCAGAGGGACCUGAAUGAAGUUUUUACAGGUGGAAUUAGCUCCUACAGCCUAAUUUUAAUGGCCAUUAGCUUUCUACAGUUGCAUCCGAGAAUUGAUGCCCGGAGAGCUGAUGAAAACCUUGGAAUGCUUCUUGUAGAAUUUUUUGAACUCUACGGAAGAAAUUUUAAUUACUUGAAAACUGGUAUUAGAAUAAAAGAAGGAGGUGCCUAUAUCGCCAAAGAAGAGAUCAUGAAAGCCAUGACCAGUGGGUACAGACCAUCAAUGCUGUGCAUUGAGGACCCUCUCCUACCUGGAAACGAUGUUGGCCGCAGUUCGUACGGGGCCAUGCAGGUGAAGCAGGUGUUUGACUACGCCUACAUUGUUCUCAGUCACGCUGUGUCGCCCCUCGCGAGGUCCUAUCCCAACAGAGACUCUGAAAGUACUCUAGGAAGAAUCAUCAAAGUGACUCAGGAAGUGAUCGACUACCGGAGGUGGAUCAAGGAGAAGUGGGGCGGCAAGGCCCCCCCAGCGCCCGAGCUUGACAACAGAAUUAAGAUAAAGGAGCGAAUAAAUUCAUGUGAUGGGGAUCCGCCCCAGCGCCGAGACCCGGAGUCCCCCUACAGCCAGCGCCUGACCUUGUCUCUGCCCAGCCCCCAGCUACUCUCGUCCGGCUCGUCCGCCUCCUCUGUGUCUUCACUUUCCGGGAGUGACAUUGAUUCUGACACGCCGCCCUGCACAACGCCCAACGUUUACCAGUUCAGUCUGCAGGCACCUACUCCUUUGCUGGCCAGCCUACCCACCGCCUUGCCCGUGCCGAGCGGCAAAGCUCAGUCCGCUCCUUCCAGAACGUUGGUCAUGACGACUAACACUCAGACCAGGUUUACGAUACCUCCACCGACCCUGGGGGCGGCCCCCGUCCCGUGCAGACAAGUUGGCGUUGAAGGAACUCCGGCGUUGAAAGCUGUUCAUCACAUGUCUUCCGCGGCCAUUCCGUCCGCAUCUCCCAACCCGCUCUCAAGCCCUCACCUGUAUCACAAGCAGCACAGCGGCAUGAAGCUGUCCAUGAAAGGCUCGCACAGCCACAGCCAGCCUGGCACGUACAGCUCUGUGGGCAGUGGAGGCGUGCGGCCCCCCGUGGGCAACCGGGGACACCACCAGUACAACCGCACCGGCUGGAGGAGGAAAAAACACACACAUACGAGGGACAGCCUGCCCGUCAGCCUGAGCAGAUAAUAGCCCCUGAUGGCGCCUCCCGGCCCGCCCCCCCCGCCCCCCCCCCGCCCCCCCCCCCCCCCCCCCCUCGCUCUUGCACAGACUCGCGCCGGGUGGCCUCGGCGCCCAGCCCGGAACUGAGACCAGCAUCCAGCACGUCGGCCUGGGCCCCGCGGACCGCCCGCCGCUGAUCACUCUGCAUGUUCCUUGUGUGGUGGUCACGUCCAUCUUCAAGAACAGCUCCUUGUGCUCAUCUGUGAAGCCUUAUUAAACGUGGACGCUGUGUCUGCCUUCCUGGGAUCCUUCCCUCCAGUGCCGGACGGAGCAGGUCUGGGCCAGGGACUGCGGGGACGGACGCGACGCCGGCCGUGGCACUUCUCGGCAGCCCGUCUGGGUCCUUCGCGGUUGGGGUGUUUGCGUGGCGUGUCUGCCAGAGCAACAGAGAUCAGCCCCCGUUCUCGUUCCUUCCCCAGCGGGUAGGGUUGGGAGGUCGCCAUUGUGUCACUGCCCUCACCUUUUGUUUCAAAUUUCAGAACUGUUUUUCUAUGUAAAUAUUGAAAACUUAUGAUUUGUGCAAUAACUCAGAUAUUUUUAUUUAAUUCAUAUUUUCACAUAAGUUAUAUUUAAGGGAGGAGGUUUUUUAAACAAGCUUAGGUCCUUUCCCGAGUCGCAUUUUCUAAGUUGGGUUCAUCGUGUCGGCUGGUUGUCUGAGGAGCACUGCUACCAACACCGUGAUUGAGGGGCUCGGGGUUUUAUUUUUGUGUUUUCCUUUGGGUCAGACACGAGGCCUCUCCGUCCGUGGCGGGGGAGCCGAGCGGCCCCGCGCUUCCCUGCAGGGGCUCGGCUCCUGAGCCUUCUGACCAGCUGCCCGCCGGCCCUGCCGUCCGGCCUGUUGUCUCGCUCUGACCGCAGAGCUUUAAUGUUUCGGUUUUCGGUUCUUUUAAAGUAGACGACAAAUCCAGCAUUUAAAGUGCCAGAAGUAAAACUUUCUAAGGGGAGAAAGGGUUGUCACGUUAUAAAAUAUUAAAAAAAAAAAAAAAAAAAAAAAAAAAAAAGAACUCUGAAGUGCUUCAGUCCGUUUUAGUCACAUAGCCUGUCAGGAUGGGUCCGGUGAAUAUCAGUACGGACGAGGGCACCCAGUUUUAGGAAUGUGGAGAAAGGAAUUAUGUUGAUUCCGUGGAGGAAUCUGUAUAGCGGUAUGCAUUCGUUCUGUUAAGAGCAAAUCUACGAGAAGUACUUGAGCUGCUCAGUGCACCGUGGGGAGUGUUUGUGACGCAUCGCAGGAGAGCCCGGCGCGGGGUGGGGCCGGAGCAGCGGGUGCCCCACUUGAGAAGCAUCCAGGUAUACUAUGCAAGUGCUGUCCGCCAUGGCAACCUCUGUCCUACACCCAUCCUGCCUGUCCCUGAGUUUUCGGAGCGCCACAGUUGUCCUGGUGUUAGUUGCAUCUCAUAGGUCAUCUGACCUCCCGUUUUUAAAAUGGGGGGUUUUGGCCUUCCUGAACACUACAGGUAGGUUGGUCUUUGAAGUCCACUAGUGGAGAAGGUCGAAUCGAGAGACUAUCUACCAUGACACCUGAUGGAAGUGCAGAGCGGGGAGCUCUGGAGUGCGGUCUGGGGGCGGUGUCCCGGCCGGGCCGGACCUCCAGUGUCCUCGGCCGUCCUCUGCCCCCGGGACCUGGCCCCCCCACCCCCCCCCAGCACUGUCGCGGCUGGCGGCCGCGGCUUCUCUGGGGGGCCUUCCAAAAGAGAGUAGCACAUGUUGUCUGCAGUUCUUGAUGAUCGAAAGUUAUCAAAAAUAUUUAAAGAUAUUUAAAUUGUGAAUCUAUUGAUAAAGAAAUAUUUAUAAAAACUGAUAAGUAGGCCUGUACUAAUCUCCACACAUUAGCAAUAUUGACUGUCACCCUACAUUUAGGAACCACUGCGGGGCGCGGGUCCCGUGGGGGUGCAUUUUAAAGCUCGAUUCACAGACACAGGCGCCAUGCUCCAUCCCCGUCAUGGUGAACCGGAUGAAUUGGCCUGGCUACCACGGUGGUCACGCACUACAGGUUGAACAAAACGAUAUCAUGUUUCGAUUUUUUUGUGUGUGUGGACAACAAUGUGGAAGCUAAAAUUGACAUAUUUUUAUGUAAAGUUUUUCUAUUCUUUGAUUUUUAAUAAACUUUGGAAACCA